AUGACAGAUCACGUCCUGCUUUUAAGCAACGGUGGUUUGUGUUUUGAUUCUCGUACAAUACGAUUUUAGUUGGUGAAAUAUCCAGGAAUUGUGGAUUGUUUUGUAAAUGUAUUGUUUAGUUGGUGAUGUAUUUAUAUAUUAGAUUUCCCUGAAAUAUAAUAAUAUCACAGAUAAUAUUAGCUACUUCAAUCUUGAAUGCCGUUGUGUUGAUGCAGUGAAAAACUGAAUGCUUUUCCUUUUGAAAAUAUGGAAACAGUAGAAAUUGUAGGUGGAUUAAGUAUUAAGGACAUUGCAGAAGGGGGGGCAGAAUUUGAGGUACAGUCAAUUUCACACAAUGGAGAUGACAGAGGAGAAGAAGAAGAAAAAGAAUACAACCAACAGUUAGAAAAUUACAUAAAGUUAGAAUGCCUUGACUGUGGAGACUCAUAUGAUGGUUGUGAACCCUUUUUGAAUAUUGCUAAGAAUAUGGAAGAUCUUUUGCCAAAUGGAAAAAUAAAAAAGAGAAUACUUAAAGAAGGAUAUGGACCAAAACCCGAAGAAUCAUCAUCUGUUAUCAUACAUUAUAAUGCAUAUGUACAGCUUGAAGCACACCCAUUUGAUUCAACUCAUGCUAGAAAGACGCCUCACACAUUUAAAAUUGGGCAACAAGAAGUCAUAGAAGGUUUAGAAAUAGCAGUCCGUUCAAUGAGGUUGACAGAAAAAGCCCAAUUUUUAAUUGACCCAGAACUUGCUUAUAGAAAUGGAGUAUUAGGAAGAAUUCCGCCUAAUUCAGUAGUUCUGUUUGAAAUUGAAUUAUGUGUUGUACAAGAACAGGGUCAGCAAGAAGAACCUGCAGUUAAUGAGAAGCAUUUUCAAGUAGUUUACAAUACUUGCUUAGCGUUGUGCGUCAAAGGCAAAAAAAUGUUUAAAUUGCAAGACUAUCAAGGUGCCAUUAAAGUGUAUUCUACUGCUGUUAACAAGUUAGAGGAUGCCGUUUUAGAUGAUUAUGAUGAUCAAAUAAAAAGUGAAGCAUUACUUGUGCGAUUGUAUACCAACUUACUCAUCUGCUGUACGCAUGCUAAAAUUCCUAAACGUGGCUGUGUCUUUGCACAGAAAUUAUAUGAAAUGUCUAAGAAUGGUACUUUUGAAAUCAGUGCAAAAGUUUAUUUUAAUCAUGCGAAGUGUCAGAGGAUGAUCGGUGGUACUGGUGCUUACAGCUUUGCUGAACGAAAACUCAUUCAAGCAAAAGCGUUAGAACCCGAUAAUUUAGAAAUAAAAAAGGAAUUAGCCUCGUUAAGAGAAGAAAAAGAAAAACAUAGAAGUCAUGAAAGAAGUUUGGGAAAAGCACUUCUUUCAUAAAUUUAUUAGUUUUAGUUUUGCUGUUUUGAAAUACUGACAAAUAUAUUUUAUAUUAUACCCUUAACGAAUUGAUAAAUAAAUAGUUUUUAUUAUUUGUAA